AUGCCCGACGCCCGCGACAAAUCAGUCCCCAACGAGCACCAUGUCCACAGGACUGGUCACUGGCUCUCCCAGGACAAGCGACACCACCACAAGUUUCUGAGCAGCACCAUCGAUACUGUCGACCAGAACCCAAAACCCCUCCACCCCGUUCUCAAAGAGUUCAAAGAGAUGGUGGACAAGGACACCCGGUUGACCAUGCUCUUCGCCCUCAUGUUUGAUCAAAUCCCAUACGCCAAAAAGUACCUCACCGAUGCGGUAGGCGAGCAAAAGCAAGUCCGAGACUUUGACCACAUGCUCGCCUGUCUCAACCACGUCUUGACGACCGCGCCGCAGUGGACCGACGCUGGACACAAGGCGGGACUGGUCGGCGUCCCCAUCAAUGCCCUGCUCGACUGGCCUAUGGGCACUAAGGGUGGCUUUGCCGUCUUCCAGGACCCUCAGGUCAACGCCCAAUUCAAAAAGAUCCUCAACGUCUGGGGCGAAUUCCUCUCCUCUCCAUCCUCCUCCUAUGUCCUCGGCUCUGACGACAUCUCCUGGUUCUCUCCCCACGGCCUCGCCGCUUUGGAAGAGGUCGCCAACAAUGGCGGUACCACCUCGGCCAAAUUCCCGGAAAUGUACCACUGCGACCCGUCGGCGGAGCACUAUGGCUACAAGUCAUGGGAUGACUUCUUCACUCGCGAGCUCCACCCCGAAUUCCGCCCCAUCGCCUCCCCGGAUGAUGACAACGUCAUCGCCAACGCCUGCGAGUCUACCCUAUAUAAGGUCGCCCGGAACGUCCACGCACGCGACAAGUUCUGGAUCAAGGGCCAGCCCUACUCUGUCCUCGACAUGCUCGCGUUCGACCAGCUCGCGGACCAGUUCGUCGGCGGUACCAUCUACCAGGCGUUCCUCUCUGCCCUCUCCUAUCACCGCUGGCAUUCGCCCAUCACCGGUACGAUCAAGAAGGCCUUCGUCGUGGACGGUACCUACUACUCGGAACCCUUGUUUGAGGACUUUGUCCAGGACAAGUCGGCUGACCCGCAUGGCGAGACCACCAGUCAAGAGUACAUCUCGGCCGUCGCUACCAGGGCGAUCAUCUUCAUCGAGGCGGACAACCCAAAGAUCGGGCUCAUGGCGUUUAUCGGGAUAGGAAUGACGGAAGUGUCUACUUGCGACAUUACCGUCAAGGAGGGGCAGAAGGUCAAGAAGGGAGAGCAGCUAGGUAUGUUCCACUUUGGUGGCUCGAGUCACGCCCAACUCUAUCGCAAAGGCGUCAAGCUGUCGGGCUUCCCAGAGGAGACCGGGCACAAUGUUGCGGUCAGAAGCAAGCUCUGCGUAGUAGAGUAG